AUGCCGUCGAAACCUUCCACGCCGCGCCGACCUCCCACCGGUCGAAAACGGGGACGUCCUCCGGGGACUACGAAUGCCGCUCGCAUUGCGCGCGAGGUCGGCGAUUCCCCCGCACCGCCGCCCAGCCGAUCAGCGCGCGAGCACGCUACCCCUUCGGCUGCCCCUCAGACCGAACCGCCGCCAAAGAGAAGGAGAUACAUACCCGGCGGUGCCGGCGGCGGUGGCCGCUUCAUCGAUGAUGACGGAACCCACACCCCCAUCACAGUGCGCAGACAGCCAAGGGAGCCGCGCACCGUAUCUGCCGUAGUGCCGAGACGAGAAAGAAGCGCAAGACUACGAACCGCUGCCGACCGAGACGACAUGGAAUUUAGCUCUGCUGCCGCGGUUGCCGCAGCUGUUGCCGAGAACGAAGGUUACAAGCCCAGAGAGGAGCGAGGCUGGGAGGAGUUCCAUCCGAAGCUCGAUAUUGAUGCCACGUUCAUGAUAUUCCGCUCCGAAGAAGUUGACGGCAUCCCUCUCCCAACUGCCAAAUCACCUCCCAGAACUCCGGCUGCGGUCCGACCCUCGACGCCGAUGAACGGUUCCAGUACGCCGUUGAGGGAGAUGAAUCCGGCCUCGACCGGCAACACCCCAGUCCCGACAACAAAUGCAUACUUUGCGCUUUCCAUCGUUGGAAGCGAAUCACCACAAAAACGCCGGACAAGACCUCCGCGCGAAUCAGUCUCUUUUCUCAACCGAGACCUGGCUCCGGCGUCGAUGCCCCGAGUGCCUCAGGUUCUGCCCAUUCGUAACCAAACACCAAAGGAGCGCCUCGAUCUCAAGGCGCCAUCUUACCGUCGCUCAGACCAGGUGGAGCAGUUUGAGAGCAAGAGCUUUGGCCAGGCGAGAUACGUCGACAAGUCGAUGAUGAAUGUGGGCUACCAGGAGACCGAUCGCUACAUCCGACCCGAAGGCAGCCUCAUCAAGGCCGCGGAGCCGAACUUGGAAGAAGAUCUCGAACUGGCGGCUGUCAAGAUCGAUGGCGAUGCACAUCCGACUUCUGGCACUAACGUGGGACGUGUCGAGUACGACAUGGACGAGCAGGAUGACCAGUGGCUGGAAGCUUACAACAAGGAACAUCGCAAGGGCCACGAGCUUGAACCGAUUACCCGGGAAGUGUUCGAGAUUGCCAUCACCAAGAUUGAAAAGGAAUGGCAUGCGUUGGAGAAGCGGAUACCGAAGCCAAAUCCCAAGCCCCCUCAGACUCAUCGACCACGGUCGAGUUCAGCGGCGGCGGUCAAUGGCGAGCCCCAGGUCGGAGAGGAACAAGACAGCAAGUGCGCAAUUUGCGACGAUGGCGACUGCGAAAACACCAACGCAAUUGUGUUCUGCGAUGGCUGCGAUCUUGCUGUCCACCAGGAGUGUUAUGGUGUCCCUUUUAUCCCCGAGGGACAGUGGCUCUGCAGAAAGUGCCAGCUUAUUGGGCGUGGCAUACCGACAUGCAUAUUCUGCCCUAACACGGACGGAGCCUUUAAACAGACCAAUUCUUCGAAAUGGGCUCAUCUUCUCUGCGCCAUGUGGAUACCGGAAGUCUCCUUGGGUAACGCCACCUUUAUGGAGCCAGUCAUGGACGUGGAGAAGGUUCCCAAAACUCGCUGGAAACUGAGUUGCUAUAUCUGCAAUCAGAAGAUGGGCGCCUGCAUCCAAUGCAGCAACAAGUCUUGCUACCAAGCUUUCCACGUAACCUGUGCGCGGCGGUCGCGGCUGUUCCUUAAGAUGAAAAACAGCCAUGGGGCCCUCGCAGUUCUGGAUAGUAACAUGGUGCUGAAGGCUUUCUGCGAUAGGCACUGCCCGGCAGAUUAUGCCAAAGACAACGGGGUAGCUCAGGCAGCGCGAGAAGCUAAGAAGUUCUACAAACGCGCAAUGAAGGGCCGUAUCUGGGCGGACAGCCAAGCAGCAGCUCAUGCAUUGGCUGCCAACCAUCGCCAUGCGCUGACGGAGCAUCCACUCGACGAGAGCCAGAUGACUGGAGCCAAAUUCGCGUCCUUCGUGGGCGGAGACAAGAAGAAGGGGCAACCUGGGAAGCAAAUUUGGAAGUUGCCUUCGGGUGCUCCUAUCAUUCCCCAGGCUGUUUUUGAGAUUGUCGAGCAGGCACUAUCUCGAUUCCCGUUCCGUAAACGCAAGGACUUUGUCAGCGAGGCGUGCCGUUAUUGGACGCUGAAGCGCGAGGCCCGUCGUGGCGCGGCGCUUCUCAAGCGUCUGCAGCUGCAAAUGGAGACAUUCUCAUCAAUGGAACUCACGAGGCGGAACUUUGCGCAAAUGGGACCAUCUGGAAAGUCUCGGCUUGUGCGACGCGUUGAGUUUGCAGAGACGUUGCUCAAGGACCUCUGGGAACUAAAACUCCUGUCGGAAAGCGUUGUGCAAAGAGAACAAGAGAAACUCGACGCUGCAGAGCUCGAGCAAGAGUUUGUGGACACAUGCUAUUUCCCGAUUGCUAAGCUUUUCGUGCCGGUUGUCGAGAAGGCGAUAUUCCUCGACAAGAACAUUUUCAAAGACGGCCUUUUGGAGCUUCAGGAGAAGCUCGAGCGCCGGUUCUACACAAACACCCUCGUCUUCACUCAUGAUCUUUGUGAAGUAAUCAACGUCGGCAUCAAUACAGAGCCUCCACAUACCGAGAGCGCCUCCCAGGGUGGCGCUCUCUCACCUGUCAAGCAAAACUUCAACGACCCACGACAAAGAAAGGCGCUCGGGAAGCGAAUACUAAAAGCCGUCCAACCCCAGCUUGAGACGGCUCUGAAAACUGAAGCCGAGAUCACACACAAGCCCUACGACACUCUUGCCAAAGAGUUUGAGGGCAUGCUCGAGGCCAGCAUCGAGUUCCGACAGCCAUCGAUCAUAGUCUCGCAUACGGAGGAGAGCACCGAGCCCAGCCAGGAUACCAUUAUGGUGGACGCUGCCAAUGAGCAGAUUACUGUGGCCAACAAUGAUGAUGCACAGGCCGAAGAAGAACCGGCCGCUGCUGGUGACGAAAUGGAUGUGGAUGCCGAAGGAGAGGACGACGAUGAAGGCAAUAUAGAAGUCAACACAUCGACUCUCGGAAACCCCAGCGAAGUACAUUCGUCCAGCUCCUCGGUUGCGGGCCACGAGGGCAACGGCAAGGCAGCGGUGAAGACGGAAGGUUCACUAGCGUCUACCAUGCAACCCUCAGACACACCGCCCGAAACCAACGGCUAUGUCACGGUCAGCAGGCCGGCGCAACCGGCGCCACCAACACCUCCGCAAUCCAACGGCAGCCUGGGCAACGAGUCCACAGACCCGCUGUCCGAAGGUGGUGUGCCCUGGUACUUUACUGACUUCAAGCCCAAGGGCACCACCAUCAUCGAGGAGCAGUGGACGGGUCGUGAAGCUCUUCGCAGUCUCAGCGAGGAUCUCACCGACAUGGACGACCAAGAGCUCGAAGGCCUCGCCUUCGACGUUGAAGAUAGCACAAUCACGGCGUCGCCUACCGUCAACGACGAGGUCGCUGUCGACACGAUCGUCAGCAAGGCCAAGUCUAACAGCAAAGUGCGCAAACGGACGAGCGCCCGGGCAUCGGCCAGGAGGAGAUGA